GCGUGAGCGACUAUUCGGUGACAACUGACAAAACGCGAAACAGAAACCGAGUAGAGUGAAACCAGGUCCAGGUUUAGGGUUUGGGUUGGCAAAAACACAUACAUUCAACAAACAAAUUAAAUUUCAUCGAUUCUCUUUUUCUCAGUUGAAUAUGGCUGAGCAGGAAGAAUUUCGUUGUUUCAUUGGGAAUCUCUCUUGGUCAACAUCUGACAGAGACUUGAAGGAUGCUUUUAAAAAGUUUGGUCGCCUUCUUGAUGCAAAGGUUGUCAUGGACAAGUCAUCUGGACGGUCUCGGGGGUUUGGAUUUGUUUCUUUUGACGAAGAAAAGGCAAUGGAAGAUGCAAUCGAAUCUAUGAAUGGGAUAGAUUUAGGUGGACGGUCUAUUUCAGUAGAUAAAGCUCAGCCAGGUUCUGGUAGAGAUAGAGAUGGCGGUCGAGACCGUGAUGGUGGUCGAGACAGUGGACGUGAUCGUGGACGUGAUUAUGGAGGUGGUGGACGAGGAUCUGGUGGAGACUGCUAUAAAUGUGGCAAACCUGGGCAUUUUGCCAGGGAGUGUCCAUCUGGUGAUGGUUCAAGGGGUAGAUAUGGUGGAAGAGAUGACAGAAGGGAUGACAGGUAUGGAGGUGGUGGUGGGGGUGGCAGUCGCCAUGGCCCUGAACGUAGUGGUGAUCGCUAUGGAGGCCGCAACAGGGACGGUGGUAGUCGCGGAGGAUCAGGCUAUAGUCGUGAUCGUUCUGGUCCAUAUGAUCGCCCUGGAGGAGGUUACCGUUGAUGAACUGGUUCCCGUAAUAUUUGCUGUCAUAACGAAGUUUUUCGAGCGUCAAUGGAGUUGGUCAAACUGAUGCUCAUCUCAUUUAACUAUCAAUUUGAAUGAUACAAAACUGUUCUGCCAGUUUAGUGUUUCAGACUUGGUACGCUUGUGCUGUUAUUCGACUAUGUUCUCUUGUUUAAGUCCUCUUUUAAGAAGAUUUCUGGUUACCAUUUGAAUGCGUGAAUGAUCCUGGACUGUUACCAAAUUUCUUUGUU